CUCCGUGCAUCUAUAAAUUCAGGACGAUGGUGCAGAUUGGAGAUACAGCAAGCAAAACCCUAAAACACACUUCAGUUCCAAGUUCUAAGUUCAUCUGCAACAUGUCGGGCAAGUGCGACAACUGCGACUGUGCUGACAGCUCCCAGUGCACGAAGAAGGGAAAGAGCUACGACUUGGUGAUCGUUGAGACUGAGAACCGCUCCAUGGACACCGUCGUCGUGGAUGCUCCUGCCGCCGAGAACGACGGAAAGUGCAAGUGUGGCACAGUCUGCUUAUGUGUGAACUGCACCUGUGGUCACUAAACCCAUACAAACAAAUUAAAGAUGUAAACGAAUAAAGUGUUUGUGGGAAAACAACGUUGUGGCUUUGUCCUUGGUUUGUUUAUAGUAUUUGUGUCUGUUGAGUGACAUGUACUGUCUGUGAAAACCUGUCACUCAUAUGUUAUGUUUCUCUGAUUGUGUCAUGUAAUCGCCAUGUUAGUGGCCUUGUGAUGUUAUGAAAUGAUAUUAUUAGAAUA